UAAAAACUCGUGGUUAAAUACUGUGACGUGAAUUGAUACAAAACCUAAUCUCAUUAAAUACUCGAUUAACAUAAACUGAACCAUAAUCAAUCUCUAGUGUUAUUGGCGACGUGACUUUUCGGCUACCAACUAUGGCUGGAUCCACGAAUCCUUACCAGAAGCUGCUGAAGACGAUUGACAUUAACGGCUCCACUUACACCUACUACGAUGUAUCAGCCCUUGGACCUAAAUACGAUCGUCUCCCGUUCAGCAUCAGGGUACUUCUCGAGUCAUGCGUGAGGAACUGCGACAACUUCCAGGUCUUGGAGAAGGAUGUCAGCAACGUCCUGGACUGGGAGUCGAAGCAGGGCAACGAGGAAUCCGUGGAGAUCGCCUUUAAACCUGCCAGGGUUAUUUUACAGGACCUGACAGGUGUACCGGCGGUGGUAGACUUCGCGGCGAUGCGUGAUGCCGUAAAGGACCUGGGUGGCAAUCCGGACAGGAUCAACCCGAUAUGCCCCGCUGACCUUGUCAUAGACCACUCCGUGCAGGUCGACUUCGCGAGGACACCUGACGCUCUGAACAAGAACCAGGACUUGGAGUUCGUGAGGAACAAGGAGAGGUUUCAGUUUCUGAAGUGGGGAGCGCAGGCCUUCGACAACAUGCUCAUAGUCCCGCCGGGCUCCGGGAUCGUGCACCAAGUGAACUUGGAGUACCUGGCGCGCGUGGUGUUCACCGGCCCGCUGCUGCACCCCGACUCCGUGGUCGGCACCGACAGCCACACCACCAUGAUCAACGGGCUGGGAGUCGUCGGGUGGGGAGUGGGAGGCAUCGAGGCGGAAGCCGUGAUGCUGGGGCAGGCGAUCAGCAUGCUGCUGCCCAAAGUCGUUGGCUACAAGCUCGUCGGGGAACUGAACCCGUUGGCCACGUCCACCGACCUGGUGCUCACGAUAACGAAGCACCUGCGCUCGCUGGGCGUGGUCGGCAAGUUCGUGGAGUUCUUCGGUCCCGGGGUGGGGGCGCUGAGCAUCGCCGACCGCGCCACCGUCGCCAACAUGUGCCCAGAGUUCGGGGCCACACUGGCGCACUUCCCGGUCGACGCGCGCUCGCUGGAGUACCUGCACCAGACCAACCGUCCCAAAGAGAAGAUCGACGUGAUCGAGGCGUACCUGCGCGCCACGAAGCAGUUCAGGGACUACACCAAUCCCGAACAAGACCCCGUGUUCUCAGAGGUGGUGGAGCUGGACCUGGGAGACGUAGUGACGUCCGUGAGCGGGCCCAAGCGGCCCCAGGACCGCGUGUCCGUCGCCAUCAUGAAGAAGGACUUCCAGGACUGCUUAACCAAUAAGGUUGGCUUCAAAGGCUACGGCCUGAGUCCGUCUCAGCUGUCCGCCUCCGGGGACUUCACAUACAGCGACGGAAAGACUUACACCAUCACCCACGGCUCUGUUAUCAUAGCGGCCAUAACUUCGUGCACGAAUACGUCCAAUCCAAGCGUGAUGCUCGGAGCUGGGCUCCUCGCAAAGAAAGCCGUUGAGAAUGGACUAUCCGUUCUCCCGUAUAUCAAGACAUCGCUGUCUCCGGGCUCCGGUGUGGUCACGUAUUAUCUAAGGGAGUCUGGCGUGGUCCCGUACCUGGAGAAGCUCGGCUUCAACACGGUGGGCUACGGGUGCAUGACCUGCAUCGGCAACUCCGGACCCAUCGACGACAACAUCGCGAACACCAUCGAAAAGAACGAGCUGGUCUGCUGCGGCAUCCUGUCCGGGAACAGGAACUUCGAGGGCCGCAUCCACCCGAACACCCGAGCCAACUACCUGGCGUCUCCGCUGCUCGUCAUAGCCUAUGCGCUGGCCGGGACCGUGGACGUCGACUUCGAGACCGAACCAUUGGGGAAGCGCCCCGACGGCUCGGCGGUGUACCUGCGCGACAUCUGGCCCACCCGCGCGGAGAUACAGCGCGUCGAGAACCAGUUCGUCAUCCCCGGGAUGUUUAAGGAGGUGUACGCGCGGAUCGAGCAGGGCUCGGCGGCGUGGCAGGCGCUGGACGUGCCGCGCGGCCGCCUGUACAGCUGGGACGCGAACUCCACCUACAUCAAGAAGCCGCCAUUCUUCGACGGAAUGACCAAGGAGCUGCCGGCGGCGACGAGCGUGCGGGGCGCGCGCUGCCUGCUGCUGCUGGGUGACUCGGUGACCACGGACCACAUCUCGCCGGCGGGAUCCAUCGCGCGGAACUCGCCAGCAGCGAGAUACCUCGCGCAGCGCGGGCUGACAGCCAGGGAGUUCAACUCGUACGGAUCUCGGCGCGGGAACGACGCGGUGAUGUCCAGGGGCACGUUUGCGAACAUCCGCAUCGUCAACAAGAUGGCGCCGGCCCCCGGACCCAAGACCACCCACCACCCGUCCGGUGACGUCAUGGACAUCUUCGAUGCUGCCGAGAGAUACGCGUCAGAGAACGUCCCCCUCAUUGCCAUCGUCGGGAAGGACUACGGAUCCGGGUCCAGCCGGGACUGGGCGGCCAAAGGACCUUACCUCCUGGGCAUAAAGGCGGUGAUAGCGGAGUCGUUCGAGCGGAUCCAUCGCUCGAACCUGGUCGGGAUGGGUCUCCUCCCGCUGCAGUUCCUACCCGGGGAGAGCGCGGCCACGCUCGGGCUGACGGGGGCGGAGCGCUACGACAUCAUCCUGCCGCCCGCGCUGGCGCCCGGCCAGACCGCGACCGUACAGGUGGACAACGGCACCUCGUUCCAGGUGGUCGUACGGUUCGACACGGAAGUCGACCUGACCUACUUCAAGAACGGCGGAAUCUUGAACUACAUGGUGCGGAAGAUGCUCUGACUCCAUCCGGCGCAGGACUCCACCGCGACCGAAGCUCAGCGACGACUCCGGACUCCACCAGACCGGUCAUGCCGCUUGUAACACGAAGACAUGAGCGGAUGAAGGGGUUAAGUACCGUUUUUAACACUAAUCAUACCAACACUUACUGGUUAGGUACCACAGCGGGUAGAUAACAGUACCUAUACGACAAGUAUUACUCAAAAUAAGCAAAACAAAAUAACAAAAAAAAAGUAUGAUAACUGUUGAUUAAUUGGUUAAAAAAAGUCGUGAAGUCAAGUGUGCAAAAGCAUGGCAUUCAAAAUGGGUCAUUUGACCCAUUAUGGUAUGUUUAGUGUUAAGAUUUGUGGGUUUUUACAUUGAUAAGUGGCUAUAAACCAUAUUAGACCUUGAAACUCCAAGUUUGAAGGCUACAAAGAUACGAAGAUAAAGUACAGUAGAUUGGGGGGAAUACAGACUAGAGUUAGAAUAGGGACAAAUCAGGGAUGUCACAAUACAUUUGUUGAGUUGUUUGAUUUAAUUUUGUUG